AUGACUGCGGCUACCCAGUUCCUGCCCUGGCUCAUCGCCGCGGAGAAGGAAGACUCGAUCCACCUCGGGCUGAGAUGCCUUUCCUCCAAGUCGAACUACCGUGCGCAGUCGCCGUUAUCCGUGCCCCAGCGGAACUGGGUGACAAGCUCAGGAGGCACCGCUGUCCGGUGCCUAACCAUCGAAGGUCAACGCCCUGUCCUCUACGACCCCUUCACCGGAGCCGCCACGCACCUACCUCUCCUCCCGCUCGACGUGCGCCAAUGGGAGAAGAAGAUCAAGCCCCACGGCGUCGUCUACGGCGACGGCACAGCCCUUCUCUACGGCAUCUCAUACGACACCUACGACAACGACACUGUAGAGUUCAGGGCGGCGCUCCUUUGCCCCGGUGACGUAGCAUGGACCGUCGUCCGCAGAACCAUUGAGCGCCCCGGUUCGCCUCGGCAGCUUCGUGGAUUCUGUGUCGCGUACCACGACGGCAAGAUCCUGGUCAACGUGGAGGCUGGUGUGUGGCACGCGGUCGUGCCCGACGGCAAUGCCGCUCACGACUCGCUUGUCCCGAGGCACGGAACACUGGCGCUGCUGCUGAGGUACCGCGAGUACACCUACGUCCUCGAGUCCCACGGUGAGCUUCUUUGGGCAUCCGUGCUAGUCCAGGAGUAUGACACGCAUCAGAACCGCCCAACUCCUAAGUUAUUUGUAUCAGUGCAUGCACUCGAGGAGCAGUUGGUGUCAACUUCGCCGGCGCAAAAGAAGAUGAGAUGGGUGAGGAAAGAUGGUCUUAGCCUGGCCGACCGUGUUUUGUUCCUAGGGUCACCCAACAGCUUCGCUAUGGAUGCCGCGCGGCUAGGCAAACACUAUCAUGGCGGAUACGCCUACUUCAUCAACCACACCUACGACUACGAGUUGUAUGGCAUGUUCAGGUGCAAUCUCGUUGGUGGCGAGGGUGAACUCAUCGAGAGGCUGCCUCCACAUUGGGAUGACAAUUUUUGCACGUGGUUCAACCCGCAAUCCGUCGUCAUUGCUCCAGUUCAAGUAACAACGGAAAUCAGCGAGAGGUCGGCGAAGGAUACAAAACUGAAGGAGCAGCAACCAGAGGAAGCGGUCCCAAUACACACAAUUCACAUUGAGAGACAACGCUUGCCUAGCCUCAGGCUGCUGGUGCGCAAUCUGCCACUCAACGUGAAGAGUGAACAGCUACGACUCGUCUUCAGCGAGCACGGUAAAGUCUCUGAUGCAAAGGUGAUCCGCUAUAAAAAGACUGGGGCCUCACAGGGUAUAGGCCAUGUGACCAUAGAGAUGGCACAUGCCCAUCAGGAUUGUGCUCUCAUGGCUCUCAAUGAGCUAGUUUUGGAUGGUUGCAGUCUCGAGGUUAGUUUGAUCAAGGAGGGGCAGCCACGGCGACGGCGACGUCAGCGUAGAUAUAUCUAA